ACAGCGGAAGUGCUGGCGUGGAACCAGGAUCCGCAGGAAACACGGCAGUUUUACGGAUAUGAUCUGGCGGAGAGCCGCCUGCUAACUGACACAGCUAGCCCACCCUGAUACACGCACAUUCAGGGAAACAUGGGAGCGUCUGAGAGCGUCGAGAUACCAGGUGGAGGGACUGAAGGCUACCACGUCCUCAGGGUGCAAGAGAAUUCCCCCGGUCACCGUGCAGGACUGGAGCCAUUCUUUGAUUUCAUCCUUUCCAUUUCUGACACUAGACUGAACAAGGACAAUGACACCCUAAAAGAGCUGCUGAAGAUGAACGUGGAGAGGCCCAUCAAGUUGCUGUUAUACAGUAGCAAGACACUGGCAGUGAGGGAGACAACUGUGACACCCAGCAACAUGUGGGGCGGCCAGGGGCUUCUGGGAGUCAGCAUUCGCUUCUGCAGCUUUGAAGGAGCCAAUGAAAAUGUUUGGCAUGUCUUGGAAGUGGAGCCAAACUCUCCUGCGGCCCUGGCUGGUUUGAGGGCCCAUGCUGACUACAUUAUAGGAGCCGACACAGUCAUGAAUGAGAGUGAAGAUCUGUUCUCCGUCGUUGAAACCCAUGAAGGGAAAGAGUUGAAGCUGUAUGUUUACAACACAGAUACAGACAACUGCCGGGAGGUGGUCAUCACUCCAAACUGUGACUGGGGUGGAGAGGGCAGUUUAGGGUGUGGGAUUGGUUAUGGCUACCUGCACAGGAUACCUACACUGCCAUCUGCAGAGGGCAAGAAGAUCAGUUUCCCUCCACAGACUCCCAGUGAACCAGCUCCUCCACCUAAAGAUGGCUUCACAGAGGUGCAUCUCUCUGCUGUCAUUCCAACUGUUCCAGUUGCUGUGUCUUCUUCUGCAUCGACUGGAUUAGAGCAGUCUCUCGCCGGCUUGUCAGUCAGCUCUAACCCGACCACUGUCGUUAGCAACCUACAGACAGGACCUACUGCUGUCCCACUGCCCAGCCAUUUCCCCUCCACACAAAGCGUUCCGCUGUCUGUCAAUCCCGCUGUCACACUACCAGGUUUAAUGCCCUUUCCUGGAGGUCUUCCACCCUUUCCAAAUUUACCAAACCUAAAUAUCACCUUUCCACCUGGAGUUGAUAGAUUACAUCAUGCAGUUGUUGCUCCUUUCACCCUACCAGGUGUGGUCCCCGGUGUAACUCUGCCUCCAUCUGACUUUAUUCUUCCCCAAAUCACUGCUAAUACAGCUCCCUCCUCCCAUAUCCAACUGAACAGUUCACUGACCAAAACCCCCAUCACAUCAUCAGUGACCACCUGUGAAUCAAUAAAUAUCACAAUGACUGCAGACUCAUCUUAGCAGAGCACCAUUUAAGGUUGUCAGCCUGCUCUUAAGUCUUAACACAAUAUAGCCAGUCUAUUAGCUGCACCACUCAGUUGACAAAUUGCUCCUACACACCGUUAGGAUUGUUGUAUGAGCUUGAAUAUCUCGAGGACGCUGGAACUACAUUGCUGGUCUUAUAAGUUUUCCUGUGAAUGUGUUUCCGGCAGCAGCAGUCCUGCAUCAUAAGAGCACGUUGUUGAUGGCAGUGAAAGGAAAAUUACAAGAAUCAUUCAAACCUUCCAUCAGAGUGCAAAUAUACACUCUGUCGCAGAACAGGUUGUUUUUUUUGUUUUUUGUUUAAUAUUCACAACUCAAUCAUAGUAAUAGGUGUGUUAACACAAACUAUGUCGCUUUUUGAACUUGGCUCAAAACACAGUGUAAAAUAUGUGGGAAACAGGUUACUCUUAAGUGUGUAAUUCUAUCUUUCCAUCUAUUAGUAAGUCUAUUCCAUCUUUUUUUUUUUUAGUGGUUAAACUAUGGAGCCCCCGAAGGGUCACAGUGAGAUUUUUUUCUGAACUACUUUUGCGUUCCCUCAUAAUACAUUUUGCAUUCUCCCUGAUCUAUAGGAACAGUUGCUGUGUUAUAAUACACUGCCAGUUUAGGUAAACAGAAAGGACAGAUGAUGUGACAGCCACAAUGAUGCUCCCACACACUGAUCACAACCAGCAGCGGUCUACUACAUAAUACCUAAUAUUAUGUCACAAUACAGCUCAACUAUUCUUAGUGGAUCAGUGAAUGCAAAACGUAAUGCAAGGUAACAAAAUAAUUUCAGGGGGGGAAAAAAGUCCCACUGUGACCUUUUUAGGGGCACCUUAAACUACUUAAGAUCUUCAGGGGCAGACGGGCCAUUAACUUAUACUACUUGGGAUUUUCCUUUCAGAAAAGCAGGUUUGCUUGCUGCAGUGCUGUAAGCAUAAAGGUUUUUUUUUGUUUUUUUUUACAAAAGAUAAUUUGUAAAGUGAGAUAUCGUUACAUUGAUUAAACUGAUGUAUUUUCUCUA